UUAAUGUGGGAAAAAUCCUUCAGCUGCUAAUGUGACCUCAUUCAAUACCAGAGACUUCACACUAGUGGAAAACCUAGAUAUGCUGGCAUCUACAGUUUCCUGCUAGUGUAUUUGCACUGGUGAAGAGAAGUUGGAGUGAGAGCCAUCUACCUGAAGUAAAGCCCAUACUUCUGAAAAUCCACCGUGGGAAGAUUCACCUUAAGGUCCAGGGAGGAGUCUGGGGAAGGCACAUCAGAUGAACCCAGUGUGGGAAGCCAGUCGCCCAGCAGCUCAGCCUUCAGCCCAGGACUACCCAGUUUGAAGUUCAGUCUUCUCAAGGAGGUGAGUUUCCUGAACAAAAGCACCAUGUCCAGUUUCAUGUAUGUGAGUGUGCAUGCACGUGUAUGUGGGCAUAGCUACGGGGAGAGAAUUCCUAGGGUCACAGAUAUGCUGUCUCUUGGGCGUGGGGGAUGGUCUAUUGUGACAGCCGCUCCGGCUGUACAAAACCUGGCCUGACUGAAGGAGAUGUCUCCCAGGACAGUCUGUUUGUAUGGCUUUGUGGUCUUGUUAAUUUUAUGUUUUAGUAAUUCAUUUUUACUGCAGCUUGUGAAAGUAUAGGUCCGUGGCCAAAUGAGGUUGAAAUUUAAAGAGUGCAUGUCAGUGAGUUAGCAAACUUUUACUGAGUGCUUACCAUGUGCCAGCGAAUGCUCCGUGUGCUUCACAUACAUUAACUUUUUAGCUUCCAUGGCAGUUCUGAGCUGGGUGUCCUUGGCAAUCACAGCCCCCAUGACAAAGAUGUAGGCCUCCUGGGUAAUGUGUCUGGGGUCACAGAGCUUGUAAAUGCCAGGCUCCAGAUUAAGAACGUGGGCAGUGGGUUGGUGGGAGGAUUGUGUCUGGUUUUUUUUAUUGAGAUGUAAUUGACAUAUAACAUUGUACUCAUUUCAGAUGUAGGACACAAUGAUUCAAUAUUUCCAUGUAUUGUGAAAUGAUCACCACAAUAAGUCUAGUUAAGAUCCAUGGGAGGGGGUGGGUAUAGCUCAGUGGUAGAGUGUCCUGGGUUCAGUCCCCAGUACCUCUAUUAAAUAAAUAAAUAAGUAAAUCCCCGCCCCUCCCCACCCCCCGCCAAAAAAAAUCCAUUGGCAUGGAUAAUUACAUUUCUUUUUCUUGUGAAAAUUUUUAAUACGGUGAUUUCAAAUUCCAAGGCCUUAGCCAUAAUCGUGCUUCUCAGUUUUGUCUGUGUGAAACUGCACAUCUGUAUGUGUGACCAUGCGGUCUGUGUGUGCCUGGGGUACAGAAAGAAAAGUCAUGAGGAGGCCCAGAUGAAAGAGGAGUUGUGAAUUCUACAGAAAGAAAAAAAGAGAGAGAGAGAGAGACCGCCUACUGUCCUGGCUGUAGAUAACCAUCCGCAACAGCUCUGGGGGGGUGGCGGGGUGGGGGUGAGAACAGGCCCAGGCAAAGCCUGUGGAGACCGGAAGGGGCCUGGUGUUUCCCCCUGAGAGCUGGAGAGAGCCCUGGCAGGAAUGCAGUGGGACAGUGGAGCGUGACCUGAGCAGAUUAGCAUUUUAGAAAGGUUGACGGGAUAAGUGUGGUAAGUGGGUGAGGCAACCAUGUGUUCAGUUUUCUCCUAAACCGUUUUUGGUAGGAUCAUCUUUGCCUCCUUGGUUGAUGAGAUCAAGGUGACCCGUCUGAUCACAUCACUGGGGAGGUUGGCACAAAGCAUGAAGUGAAUGAAUCAACUAACAGAAACUAAUUAGGUAUUUGAGUGCCCACAAAUCAAUCCCAACAGACACCCACAUUUUCUGAUUCUGUGGCAUGGCAUUUGCUCUUUAAAAAAAAUGCAAAUCUUUGAAAUGUUACCUAUAUAUAAAAAAAGAAAAGAACACAAAAACAGAGCAAUGAUACAGAAAGAGGAUUAAACCUUUUAUCUAUUUGACAUCCCGAGGGGUGUGCCUGUGGCUGCCCAGAUAAUGUGAUUUGCAGUCAGAAAUCGAUAUUGAGUAAUGCAAACUCAGUUUCACCCCUGAAUCCUACAUUCCAGCGGAAAAGGACAGAUAGAAGAAACAGGUCAAUAUAAAAUUAUAACUUUGAUAAAAAGCAGUGAAGCAAGGACGACUGCUUUUCAUAAGGAAGUGUAAUUGUUUAUGUAAAAAGAAAGACAGUAGAGGUGAAGGUAAAGGGAACGUAUUGUUGGGCUGACAUGCUGUAGCUGGGGUGGUUCUGCAGAUGUUUGUGUCUGAUGCAGGGGUUUCCAACCCAGGAUGGGAUCAUGCGUGUGGAUUUCAGCCUGUCCUAUUUCAUUCACUGUAUCAUCAACUUUUAAAAUAAUAUUUUGCCUUCUUACAAUGACUGAAGGAACAUCCUUGUCUUAGAUCAUUGCCUUCAUUCAGUUACAUCAUGUCCAAUUACCAUUUAAGACCCCAUUGACUCUUUAAAAUGGAACAUUUUUUAUUGAAGUGUAAUUUACAUACAGAAAAAUGAAAAAGUGAAAGCAUAUGGCUUAGUGGAUUUUUAUAGAGAAACAAUCCUGUGUAACUACCUCCAAGAUCAAGAGGUCCAGCCAAAACUGAAUGUACAGUUUCCCAGGCACUCUUUGGUCCCAGGCAAGCAGGGAUGGGCUCUCCAUAUGUACCUAUCCCAGUAUCUACUCUUAUCUCCAAAAUUGUAACCAACAUCCUAAAUAAUGUUGAUAAUUUGUACACUUUCCGAAGAACGUAAGUGGGAAUAAGUGGAGUGUAUCACUCGGUGCCUGGAUUAUUCCAUUUCGCACUGUGUUUUGUGGUUAUCCCAUGCUGUUGCAUGAGGAAGUUCAUUCAUUCUCUGCUGUCAAAUGUGCCUCUACAUCAAUUGAAUAUAAUCUGUCCCCAUUGAAUGUUGGACACGUGGAUUGUUUACAGAGUGGGAAUAUUAUGAAUUACAUUGAUAUAAACAUUCUUGUAUAUGUCUUUGAUGCACAUGAGUAUAUUUUUCUGUUGAGUAUAUGCCAAGGAGUAAACUUGAUGAUUCACAAGGAAUGCAUAAAUAUGAAUUUAGUAGAUACCAGUCAAAAUAUUUCCAAAGUGAGUACUCAGGAGCAGUGAUUGAGCGUUCCAGGUGCUCCAGUCCAUGCCAAUGCCAACUCUAUUUGAUUUUAGACAUACUGGUAGAUAUUUUGCAGCAUGUUAUUAUAGUUUUAUUUUGCAUUUCUGGAAUGAUUAAUGAGGUUGCGCUUUUCUUCAUUUAUUCACUAAAUGUCUAGUAGAAAUCAAUCACGAACUCAACUGAACCUGGAUUUUGUUUUCAAUAAUACCAAUGCUGUAAUUAAUUCUCUUAUUUCAAGCUUACAGUCUUUAAACCUCCACCAGUUCUUGAAACAGAUCCCCUGAGAAACAAGUUAGUAGAGAUUGAAUCCCUGAAGUUGUGUCUUUCUGAGACUUCUUGUUAAGAAUGGCUUCACAGCCUAGAAUCUCCUUUCAAGGUGAACCAUCUGGGAAUGAUCGUGGGUCAGGAAAUUUAGACCUUAAACCCAGUCAAGGAUCUGCCAUCCAUGAGGGAGAGGAGAACUCUGAAUUCCCAGGCACUCAGCUCAGCUUAUUUCAAAACAGCAAUAACUCAUGUGCAAGGCAGGAGCUGCAAAGACUCUAUAAAUUAUUUCACUCAUGGCUGCAGCCAGAAAAACACAGCAAAAAUGAAAUUAUUUCUCAGUUGGUCCUGGGACAGUUUCUGAUCAGUGGCCACUGCAGUGACAGGUCUGUUUUACAAGAGAAAUGGAAUGCAAGUGGCAGAAACCUGCAGAAAUUCAUGGAAGACGUGACUGACGAUGGCAUGAAGCCACCUGGCUUAGUAAGUAGAGGGUUCUGGCCGCUGGGAUUGGGGGCAGAGGGGUGCAAGGAAUAUGCAGUCUGUUGGAGUUACCUAGAAGUAGAGGAAGAAGAGUUAUUACAGAUAGUAAUCAAGCUUUGUUUACAGGUCCAUGUCCACAUGCAGGGACAGGAAGCCCUCUUUUCUGAAAAUAUGCCCUUAAGGGAAGUCAUCGUUCACUUCACAAAACACUUGUUGACAGGAACCCCAGUGGGAGAGAAUGUGGGGACACCUUUCUGGACUCCCCAAGGUACUUCCGUGGAAACAGGGCAGAGAGAGAAGGGAAAUGAAGAUAAAGAAAAUGGCGGCAACGUUUCUUCGAAAACCUGUCAAGCAAAUGACAGUAUUACUAGUCAAAGUGAUCAGACACCUUUCCUACUCAUUGUCCAAGAAGAGAACUGUCCUCGGCUGGAAGAAGGGGGUGUUUCUCUGGAGAAUCCACUCUGCUCCAGAAGAGCAGGUCCAGGCACCUCCAGGUCCCAGGAAGGGUCCCUGAAAGGACCCUCUUAUGAAGAUGUCCUUCUGGAGGAACCAGGCUUUCUCUCUGGGCCAGACCAGGUCACCCUGGAGCCUGUUCCUGCCCAUCAGAGCACUGAGGGAAAGUCUGCUUGCGAGGAACAACGAAAAGGAUUCCACGGAGUCCAAAAAGCAUACAAAUGUGAGGACUGUCCCAAGGUCUUUAGGUACUUCUCUCGGUUAAAAGUUCAUCAGAGGAGACACCGGAAUGAGAGGACAUUUGUUUGUGCCGAGUGCAACAAAGGCUUCUUCCAGGCAUCAGACCUGCGUGUGCAUCAGAAGACCCACACCGGAGAGAAGCCUUUCCUAUGCAGCACGUGCAAAGCGGCCUUCAGCCACAAAACCAACCUGCGGGCUCAUGAGAGAAUCCACACGGGGGAGAAGCCCUAUGCGUGUCCCCUUUGCCGGAGAAGCUACCGCCAGUCAUCCACCUACCACCGCCACCUGAGGACGCACCGGAAGGUUGCCCUCAGGAGUGUCCCCUCCAUGCCACAAGCUUCCUUGGCCACGGCCCUAAUGUAAUGUCUAUAAAUCUGUAUGCUAGGAUGUUUAUUUCCAGAGUUCUUCUCUAUUUAGAAUAUACUUUAUAAUUUCCUGAUUGUACUUUCCAUUUAUUGCUUCACCCCAAUAAAACGUAAAUUUAAGGACCACA